GUUUGGGGGCAAGAUAGGUGGAGCGGGGUGGAGCAUUGGGGGGAAGGAGGUGACCGGGGUGUAGGUGGGAUGGGCAGAGAUGAUGGUAGAUGAAAUGAGGGUUGGUUUGGUUUGGAGAGGAAUGUUGGAUGAUUGUGUGAUGGCGGAGGUUGAGGGCUUGGGUAGGAGGGGAGUGGGAGUGACAACGGUGGGGAAAGUGGUGGAUGAUGACGAGUGUGUGAGGGAUGUGCUGGUUGGAGGGGUAGAUGUAGAAGGUGGCCGUGUGAAGGUUAAAGCUGAGGCCUGUUCGGAGGAGGAGGUGGGUUGUGGGGUGGAGGACGAGGUGGUUUGUGGUGCGGAGGAGGAGGGUGCGGUCGUGGUGACGACCGUGAUGGCAGGGGAGUUUCCCUCAAUUGCGGCUACGCGGCCAGAGAUGGUCGACAUGGUGGUGUUCAUGUUGGCGAUGGACGAUUGGAGGGAGGCGAGUGCUUGGAGGAUGGUUGUAAGAUCGGGGGCGGCGGUGGUCGUGGCUGGUUGGUCGCCGGUGAGGUCACGGGCGAUGUUGUCGACUGAGUUGGUGCGGAUGGCGGACAUGUCGAUGCUCGAAGAUUGGGCCAUGGUGGGAGAAGGGGGGCCGACGAAGUGGCCGUGAUGGAUGCGGUAGUGGAUGAGGUAGGCGUGGUAGCAGCAGAGGUAGCGGUGAUAGCAGCAAAGAAAGCGGCGGCUUCAGCGGCGGCACGUUUCGAGUUGUUGGUGUCGUGCGACAUGCGGAGAUUGGGGGUGGGGGAAUUUGUUAAUUGAUUUAGUCAAAAAAAAAAAAAAAAAUUCCAAGAUUUUUUUAAAAAAAAGAACGGGAAUUAAUUUCAAAUAAAUAAAUUAUUACCGA